AUGGCCGUCAUUGGCCUUGCGCACGCCGGCAGCCUCAAGGACAUUGACCAUGUCGUCCUCUUCAUGCAGGAAAACCGUGCCUUUGACCAUUACUUUGGCACAAUGGCCGGCGUCCGAGGCUUCGCAGACGCAAACCUCCAGAUGAACAACGGCGUGCCGGUCUGGAAACAAGUGACGGACUCGCAAUUGACCAACGACACCGACUACGUGACGCCCUUCUACAUCAACUACCUCGGCGGCAACUGGACCAACGCAACGCAGUGCAUGCUCACGGGGACCAACAGCUGGCAGGAGAACCACGCGGCGUGGAACAAUGGCAGCAAUGACCGCUGGGCCGUGGACAACAGCCCGUACAGCAUCGGGUUCUACAAGCGGCAGGAUAUCCCGAUCCAGUUUGCUCUGGCGGAUAACUUUGUCGUUGUGGACAUGUACCAGGAAGCCAUCGUCGCCGCCACCAAUCCCAACAGAGUGACCUGGCUCUCCGGCAGCGUCAACGCCCCCGGUGGCCCUCAAACCCCGGACGAAGGCGGGAACCCGUACAUCGACAACAACAUCACGCCCGGGUGCGAGGCCGGCGGCUUCAACUGCUACCCGCUCAAGUGGAAGACGGUGGGCGAGCACUACGAGGACGCGGGCGUGACCUGGCAGGUCUUCCAGGACGCGGACAACUUUGACGACAACUCGUACGCCCGGUUCCAGCAGUUCCAGGAGGCCGAGCCGGGCUCCAGUCUCUACGAAAGGGGCAUGAAGGGGCUCACACUUGACACGUUUUACGCAAUGGCCGCCAACGGCACGCUCCCCGAGGUUUCUUACAUCGUGGGCCCCAUGGAGCUGAGCGAGCACCCUCCUUAUUCUCCUCACGACGGCGCCUGGCUGCAGCACCAGGUCGCCCAGGCCGUCCUCACCUCGCCAAAGUACAACAAGACGGUCCUCAUGAUCUCGUACGACGAAACGGGCGGCUGGUUCGACCACGUCGAUCCCUAUCGCUCCCCCAAGGACACCGCCGGCGAAUGGAUCCAAGACCCGUACGGGCAAGUCGGAUACACCUUUGUCGGCCCUGGCUUCAGGCUGCCGUUCUACAUCAUCUCGCCCUGGACGCGCAACGGCGGCGUGUAUGCCGCUCACAGCGACCACAAUUCGCAGAUUAUGUUUGUGGAGAAGUGGCAGGCCGCAAAGGGCCGCAAGGUCACGACGGAGGAGAUGGUCCACUGGCGCCGCAGCCACAUGUCCGACCUGACCGAUGCCUUCGAUUUCGACCACCCCGACUACUCCAUCCCAGAGCUUCCCGAGCCGCAAACUCCGCAUACGGACUCCAGUGGUGUGUACGACGGCUCGUCGUACUGCCAGUCCCUGUACUCGGAGGUCCAGCCCCCGGUUCCCUAUACCGGCACUGGCGUGAUCCCCGACUUGACAACACAAGUUGAGAAGGGGUUCAAGCCGCUUCGCGGGAUGCUCACCGAAGGCCGCCACCUCGUUCUUGAAGCAAACGGCUUUGCACUGGCCCAAAAGACGACAUUUUCAAGCGCUCUCGCUCUCGGCAGGGCGACUGAAGAGCACGACGCCGUUGCUCAGAGGUGGAUUGCGCAUGCGGUGACCAUUGGAGGAGAUGAGUUUACGCUUUCGGACGAUAGCGGACGGAAUUAUAUCUGUGAGAACGGGGUGCUCUGUGGGGAUGCCGGGAAGGCGGUUGUGUUUACGGUGGGAUACAAGGCUGGCAAGGGGUAUUCGUUUCAAGUAAAGGGGACGGAGCGGUAUCUGAGUGUUGGCGGGGGAGGGACGUCGAGUUAUGCGUCUCUGGAUGGGGGACUGGGAUACUGGAAGGUGUAUAGCGUGAGUUACUGA